CACGGGACAAUGGAGUGAGUGUGAGCUCAGCUGCAAUGGCAAUGGAGUCUCUCCACAGAUUCUCCCUCCGUCUCCUUCCCCUCUCCGCCUCCCACUCCCGCCCCUUCCCCUUACCAAAAGCUUUCGGCACACGGACGCCUCGAAUACCGGACCCUUCCCGGAGUCUAAACUUCAACCUCCUCACGACCCGGAGAGCUCAGAGCUACAACAACACCUCUUCCUCCUCCUCUUCGAUAGCGAGGGCCGGGUGGCUCCUGAGUCUCGGCGGAGGAAGCAAGACGAUGGCGGGCUUGCCGGACAUAGUGAAGGCUGGCGACCCGGUUCUGCACGAGCCCGCCCGAGAAGUUGACCCGUCGGAAAUUGGGUCGGAGAGGAUUCAGAAGAUCAUCGACGAUAUGGUGGCUGUCAUGCGCAGAGCUCCCGGAGUUGGCCUCGCCGCUCCUCAGAUUGGACUCCCCUUAAGGAUCAUAGUUUUGGAAGAUACUAGAGAGUAUAUCAGUUAUGCCCCUAAGGAAGAGAUCAAAGCCCAGGAUCGACGGUCUUUUGAACUUCUGGUUAUCUUAAAUCCAAAACUCAAAAAGAAGAGCAACAGGACAGCACUUUUCUUUGAGGGUUGUUUAAGUGUUGAUGGAUAUAGAGCAGUAGUGGAGCGGUACCUAGAUGUUGAGGUUUCAGGCUUGGACCGGGAUGGAAAACCCAUUAAAGUAGAUGCCACGGGAUGGCAGGCUCGGAUUUUACAGCACGAAUGUGACCAUCUUGAUGGAACUCUUUACGUUGAUAAGAUGGUCCCCAGAACAUUCAGAAUCACCGAGAACUUGAACUUGCCUCUUGCUGAUGGAUGCCCCAAGCUUGGUGUUCAAAAUCAGUGACUGAGGAUGACAUUUCAUAGGAAUCCCUCUGUUGGUGUUGAGGUGGUCCAUGUCAAUUUGUCUAUUAUCAUCAGAUCAUAUGAAGGACAAUGGCAUUGACAAAUUUCAAUGGGGGACCUUUGGGAUUUGUGGGUUCCUCCUAUCUUCAGUCAGUUGCUACGAGAAGCCACCAAAAUCCUCUGUAUUAUUAGACACAGAAAGAUUUGUGCCCUUUGAUCCCCCAGCUUUUACCUUUCGGCGAUUCUUUUACAUUCUCAAUCUAGUUUACAUCACAUGUUUCAUGUCCGAAACUCGGAUCAAGGAAGAUCACUUACGAUCCUGAUCCUUUGAAAGGUUGAUGAUUCCCAAACUCAAUGUGGGGAACCAUUUUUGUUCUUUUUCUCUGA